AUGGUCGUCCCACAAGCGACUUCUCAACGGCCUGCCACACCUACAUUGUCUAGUUUGGGACAAAAUUAUGCGGGAGCGCUUAAUGCUCCUUACUCCGGACCACUGCCGCCUCCACAACCGGCUCCAUAUCCUCCAAUGAGUGUCAAUGCUCCUGUGAGUCAAAUAGCACAACAGCCAGGAAUGGAACAGAAGUUUGCGCCAUCACAGCCUUCACAGCAGCCCAUGCAAGCACUGAAUGGUCCGCAGAUGUCACAAAACCCCGUGCAGCCUGGGCAGCAACAGCAACAACAAUUUAUGACAAUGCCAACAAAUGGUCAGUUAGGUGGUGUUCCACAAACAGCGCAACCUACUUCAGUAGCUUCUCGCCCAAGCUCGCAGCCGCAGCCAUCCCCUGUGCCACAGAAUCCCCAACAACCAUUGCCGAAUCAAUCCGGGCCAGCUUUUGCUCCUGUUCAACCCAAUAGAAAUUCGCCAUGGCAUAUUGGAGUUGUACCAAGCCAGUCACCAUCUCCUUGGCACAUGGGAGUUGGUCCAAGUGGAGUAGUUUCCAAUACAUCGACUGUUCCUGCUGCUCCCUUGCCCCCACAACAAUACCAACCAGCACCAGUCCAACCGGUGAGUACUUCUCUGUAUUACCGUUAAUA